AUGCCACAACGUUCCCCAUUCGCCAUACAAGAACUACUCGGCUUGAGCAAUACCGCAGCGGCAGCCGCAGUUGCAGUGGCCGCCGUCGCUGCCGCCGCAAAAACACGCGAACCGUUCACUGAGAGCGGCAGCGUUGUAGGAGAUAAUGAAACGUCGGCUAUAAAAUCUAAGUCACAAACGCCAACAGGUGUAGCUGCGAAACCGGACGUCGUUACUCCACCAACAGCAAUACCACCACUACCGCCAACAACAACAACAACAGCAAUCGUGUCGCGCUCCACCCCUUCACCCAAACAACAACAGCAGCAGCAACAGCAAACAACAGUUGGCCGUUGUAGCAGUAGUAAUAGCAGUAACGAUGGCACUUCAUUAAACACGACCACAACUGCGGCGGGCACAAGUUUGUCUGCAGUUUCAGCACCCGCGGUUAUCUCGACUGCAAGUGGCAAUAUACCGACGUCGUUUACCGUUGCUGCCGUUGAGCAGCAACAGCAUGCGGUAAAUCAACAACAGCAGCAGCAACAUCAGCAUCAUCACCAUCAGAUGACAAUGGCUGCAGCUGCCGCCUCACGUAUGGCCUAUUUCAAUGCCCACGCUGCGGUGGCUGCUGCAUUUUUACCACACAAUUUAGGCAGUGGUGGUGCCAACUUGCAUGCGUUGCAACAACAACAACAACAACAUCAUCAUCAUCAUCACCAGCAUAUGCAAUUGCAAUCGCAUUCAACACACGGACAUCCGCAUCCUUUGUUGCAUGCACAAGGCUUCUCCCAAGUAAAGAGCUUUGGCAUGCCCGGCGGUUGUUUAGCUGGUCCCUUAUCCAGCAAAGAUUUCACGCUCGACGGCUUAAAUGGUUUUGGUAGUAAGAAGAAGAAGAAGAAGCGACGUCAUAGUCGUACAAUUUUUACAUCUUAUCAAUUGGAAAAACUUGAAGAGGCCUUCAAAGAAGCACACUAUCCAGAUGUGUAUGCAAGAGAGAUGCUGUCGUUGAAAACCGAGUUACCUGAAGAUCGCAUACAGGUCUGGUUUCAAAAUCGACGUGCCAAGUGGCGCAAAACCGAGAAAUGCUGGGGACGCAGCACAAUUAUGGCUGAAUAUGGCUUGUACGGAGCGAUGGUGCGCCAUUCGUUGCCACUGCCGGAAACGAUAAUAAAAUCAGCAAAAGAGAAUGAGUCAGUGGCACCAUGGCUACUAGGUAUGGAGACGGAAAGUAUGCACCGUAAAUCCAUAGAAGCUCAACAAACACUGAAAGACGACUCCGGUGUGAGCGAUCACGAGGACUCCGCCGGUUCGAAGUCCAAUGAUGAUGGUUCACAACGUCUUAGCUCCUCCACCGAAUCGCUGAAUGUUGUUAGUCCUGGACCGCCGCAUGAACGACAACAAAUAUCAUCCAAUGCAACCACACCCUCAGCAACAACCGCAUCGUCUUCUUCGCCGCACAUCGAUUUGAGCAGUCCAUCACCGCCAACUUCACAUGCAUCAACUGCAUCACUGUCCCUACAAUUAUCACCCCUACAACAACAUCAGCGACAUUUAUAUCAACAACAAGCAGCCGCUGUUGCAGCCGUCUUGGGACCGCCACAUACAAGCGCUCAACCAUCUUAUCAUCCACUAAUGGAUGCGGCUAAUGCUAGCGCGGGUGCAGCCACGAGUAAAGAUUUUCACAUGAUCAUGAAUACAGCAGUGGCAGCGGCAGCCGCAGCAGCUGCGGCAAGUGGUGGUGGUGGUGCUGCUACAGCAGGUGGCACAGGUUUACAUCAUCAUCAUGGACAACAUGUGAGCAGUGGUGGUGGUGCAACUGCGGCCUCCUACUCCACGCUCGAACAUGAUCCGGACACUUUUAGAAACAAUUCGAUCGCUUGUCUGCGCGCCAAAGCUCAGGAACAUCAAGCUCGCCUGCUCAAUAGCGGUUUAUUCCUACAGGUGCGCUCUUUUGCGGGUUUCUCAACCAAUAAUUGUAAUGCCGGCAGCUCGAAUCGUAGCGGGAAUUUUGUCAAUAGCAACAACAACAACAACUUGCAACAACAACACCAGCAGCAACAACAACAACAACUCAAGUUGGAACGCAUGUCUUGUGAUUUGUAG